AAGAGAGCGUUCCUCAAUGGCGUUGGGUUGGUGUGGUACGGAGUACCUUUUGGCCUGUCUCUCCCUCUCUUUCGUUCCCUCUUUCUCGUUUACUGUUUACCUGACUGUGACUGUCGGCUCCAACGACGAAACCUCCUCGCGUGCUCCUCUUCCACCCUACCGAGGAUAAACAUCGCGACCCCAAAAAUCCCCGACCCCGACCCCGACCCCGACGACGACGGCUUCCGCUCAAUUGCGCCGCCGCAACGUCGACCUCGAACCGCGCAUGCGACCCGACCCGCCUUACAAGAACCGCCUGCUUCCACACAGUAACCGCCGCCGCCAACAACCUUUGCCUGCGUGUCAAUGCUUAGAGCAGACAAGCACAAGGGCUACGGCUACCUGCAGACACCACGCCUGCUGUUGACCUCUUAGAACCUCCGUCACAUCACCCUGGCUCGACGCCGCCGCUGCCAGUCCUCUCUACCCGCCCUUUCGACCCUGUCCCCGUACUCGUCCCCGUGAUCUCAUGUGGUCCGCGACGCGAACUCCGGUCUCGAGACGACUGCGCCAACUAUCGAGUCCUAGUCCUGCUGUGACGAGCACGUCGCACAAGGAACGCCUCCAACCACUCUCCACCAACCCGCCAUCGGAGUCUCCUGACUGCUGAGGAUACGAGCUUCAGGAAACCCAAGACUCCGCCUGCUCAAUCCCGCCUGCGUUGUCCUGCUUGUAAGCCCUCUCUGUCUACGUGCGGCGCAUCUAGGAAGAAGGAGGAGGGAGACAACAACACCCUCCCGUCCACAUUACGGGAUCACACAGCGCCUAUUUCGGGGCCCUUUUCUGCCAUACCACGUCAGCACGGGUACCAGUAUUCGGCUCGACUCCUAUUCGCAAAUCCAGAUCUGCCCUUGCGCACGUAGGCCCUGGAGACAGCAAGCCACGCCGGCGCUGUGCUUUGAACCGUGUGCCUCGCCGAUCCAGUCAGACCCCCGGUGUGUGCCACUUCAACUCUGAUCACGGAAGGAUUCCCCCAGUCCAUUUCCUAUUCUGCGAAGCCUGCCCAGCGCGACACCAAGCCAAAGGCUAGGCCGGGCCACCCACGUCUGAAAGUAAGCCGUGUGGUUUCGCAGACAUAGUAUCAAGGACAUUCCUGGACGGGGCUUACAGUACGGUGCCGUCACCGCGCCAGCUCCUUCGCCGCUGUCGCCUUCCUUGUAUUUGCCCAGGGGAAGCUUGUAUAUAAAUUCAAGACACCAUGCCGGACGGCCUCGAGGACACCGGGACAGAGGUCUCGGAUGCCAUGUCAGAUAAUGACCACGAGUACGACGACGACACGCCCGUAAAAGACGACGACGACGAGAAAAUGGCCGAAUCUCACGAGAGCGGCGCCGAUACAAACGGCGAGGUCAAGAAGAAGUACGAUCCUAAGGAUCCUUCACGGCCGAGGAGAAAGAAGGCUCGCCGGGCGUGUUUCGCCUGUCAACGAGCCCAUCUGACUUGUGGAGAUGAACGACCUUGUCAGCGAUGCAUCAAGCGUGGACUUGCAGACGCUUGCCAGGACGGCGUCCGCAAGAAGGCCAAGUAUCUUCAUGAUGCUCCGCCAGAGGCCCUCAGGCCCGUGCUGGGACCCAACUUCAAUCCAAACGCGGCCCCGACCCGUCCCAACGGCCAGCGGCAUCACAGUGGAACCUCAGACACGGCUUCGACCUCCGGCAGCACGUACUUUGGUCAAAACUCGACGGCAUCCUUCCCCGUCUACUCUGGCCAGCAAACGCCAGUCGGAAUCCCCGAGAGCCUUCCGUUCCAGGCGCAACCCUCACCGAUAUCGCCGUCUUUUCCGCAACCGGGCAACAACGCGCGGUCCAUUGGGGGCAUGAUAUCGCCGCAGGUCACCAGCGACCCCUUUAAUACGUUAUUUGACCCAAGUAACCCGGCCAUCUUCAAUUUUGAUCUGGAAGGGCUCAAUUUCGGUAGUCAGUACGGUGCCAUGGAGUUUGGCAUGCUCGGACAUAUGUCGUCGGGCGCGGCGGAAACCCCUCCGCGUGACGGCUCCUUAUCCGGACCCAGUGGUGGUGAGGUCAACUUCGGAUCCACAAACGUCUUUGGCAAUGGCAACAACCACUUUGGCCAAGUCUACGAUAGCGGUAUGAUCAACGAUUUCAUGGGUGUAGACCAGUCUUCCAACGGCAUGUACCAACAAGGCAACCUGCAACAUGGCCUCCCACAUGCCUACGCCAUUGCUGCUGGCCCAACAAGCCUACAUAGUCCAAGCACAGACAACACCGCCAGCCCGCAACCUACUAACUUUACCUUUGAAGGAUCACCAAGUGGGAAUUUUGGCGCUGUUGGAAACUCCCAGACCAUAACCGCCCCGACUCGCCCCAAAUCCAAGCCUGGCCCGGUCCAGAAGAGCGGACCGCAUACACUCCUGGGCAAGCGACAGCGCGACCCGUCGUCCAUCUACGAGACCGUCAAGGAGCCGUACCCAUACCUGGCCGGCUUCCAUGCCCUCAUUGACUAUCUGCCGAAACGCUUCUCCGCCAAUAUGACGCUACGCAUCGCCAAGGCGCUCGCCAGCAUCCGUCCGUCGUUUAUUGCCUGCACCAAGACGCUCAGCCGACAGGACCUCGUUUUCAUGGAGAAGUGCUUUCAACGGACGUUGUUCGAGUACGAAGAGUUUAUGCACCACUGCUCCGCUCCGACCAUCGUCCUUCGCCGUACGGGCGAGAUUGCCGCCGUGAAUAAGGAGUUCAUUGCCCUGACCGGAUGGACCAAGGAUGUCCUCCUGGGCAACGAGCCGAACCUGAACGUUAACACGGGUGGGACGGGGUCGACGACCAACAGCGGUCGCAAUACGGGCCGCGCGGGCGUCUCAACGCCCAAGGCGUCCUCGGCGACGCUCGACCAAAUGAAGAACGACAGCGGCUCGCGCAAACAGCCUGUCUUCAUCGCCGAGAUCCUCGACGACGACAGCGUCGUUGAGUUCUACGACGACUUUUCGCAUCUCGCGUUCGGCGACAGCCGCGGCAGCGUCAACCGCACCUGCCGGAUCCUCAAGUAUCGCACAAAGGAGCAGGCCGAUGCGGCGUCGUCGACGGACACGAUGCCGCAGCAGGACCCGCGCAAGAGCAUCCUCAGCAACCGCGUCACCCGCAUCGACGGCGAGCACGGCAUCUCCAGGAUCGAGAAGGACGGCAAGGUGGACUGCCGAUAUUGCUGGAUGAUUAAACGAGACGUAUUCGAUAUCCCCAUGUUGAUUGUGAUGAACUUUCUUCCGUGCUAUUACCAGAACAAAGAGCCGCACGGGCUGGCAGUAUAAAUGGGAGUUUUGAAGAAAAAAAGAAGGAGAGAGUGGGGGGUCAUCAUGGCAUAUAUGGGACGGGUGUCAUCAUGGGAGGCGUUUUUGGUCUUGAAUCAGGACAAGUGUUUUUCUCUUGCUCCCGCUAUCACUCGAAUCAUGGUGUUUUCCCGUUGAAUGGGAAGCCGGGAAAGGGCGCGCGCAUGCUAGGAUAGGAUCACGGUUCAUAUCAUCCUGUAGUCAGGCCCCUUCCUACUAUUUUUCUCCAACACAUAUCUCUCGAAGAGAGAC